UUCAAGAUGUCUUCACGUAUCCCGCCGCUUCUUGAGCCUUAUCUCGCGCUUCCUCCAGAAGCAUCUCUCAUCCUCCUUACAAGCGUCCUAGGUGCAAGCUCAAAUUGGCUUGUCCUCAGAUUUCUUCACAGCACGUUGAUUCGACCCGAGCCCUUGUCAGUAUCACCGCGAGGAGAUGAUACCAAAUUGGUUCUAGUGAGCUUUAUGAGAGAUUUUGCUUUCUGGAAAGAAAACGGAAGGAGAUUGGGUCUCGAUCUCGAAAAAUUUGCUUCCAAGAAGAGAUUUGCUUUUGUGGAUGGUUUAACUGGACUUUUCCUUCCGAAGAUAUCAGCAGUAAGGGGCGAAGAGAAUGUUUUGUGCAGUCCGGAAUUUGCAACUGUAUCUAGGGAGAUUCAGCGUGCCAUCCACAGUCUGAAAGACACCGAUGAAGGAAACAUCGUCCUAGUCAUCGACCAGUUGGAUUUAUUGUUGGCAGCUGGUGGAGACGAAAUUGGAGCCGUGAACCUUGGAGAGAUGUUGAUUGGCUUGCGAGAGGAGGCACAUUCAACAAUCUUGUCCAUCUCAGCAGACUACCCUUUAGUAUCAACAAGUCAAACGCCUCUUGAAAAGGACCAUGCGGCUUUGGUGCUUAACAUAUCACAUGAAGCCGAUUUCAUAAUGAGUUUGAGGUUGUUAGAUACUGGUACGGCAAGGGAUGUUAGUGGAGUUCUGAGGGUUACUGUCGGGGACAGUAUCGAGCAAGGUAGUCAAGGUAUCCAGAGGCGGAUAGAGGAGAAGGAACUUCUGUACUUUGUGGGAGGGGACGGUGGUGUGAAGGUAUUCGAGAGAGGCCAAUGAACUGCCUGGCAAGAUUCCACUGGACAUGUCCACAAUUCAGAGCCUCACUCCUAUCACAAGUAGAUCAAGCGGAAACUUUGUGAGACCUGGUGCUUGCCAUUUGUAUGCUCAUAUCCGUGGUUGUGCCAUC